CACGUGUGUCCCCACGCCCGGCGGCCACAGACUUAGUCCCUCGCCGGCCUGUCUGGUCAGCGGAGGAGGGAGGUUGGCAGUGGCUGGAGGCUUCGCUAUGGGAAGUUGUUCCUUUGCUCUCUCGCUCCCAGCCCUCCUCCCUAGUUCUCCGCAGCCGUUGUCGGAGGAGAGCAUCGGGAGGCGCUGGUUGCAGCCGCCGCUGCCUCUCCCCGCCGGAGCGGCCGCUCCGCUGGGCAGGUGCUGAGCAACUCCAGAGCCUUCGUCGCCACCUCCCUCCUGUGCCCGGCUGCCCUGCUGCCGCAGUGCAUAAGGGAUGUUGGAGGUAGAUGGGCUCCCGGCCGGGAAGGCGGCGGUGGAUGCGGCGCUGGGCAGAAGCAGCCGCUGAUUCCAGCUGCCCGAGAGCCACGCGCUCCCGGCGCCACUGCGAGCCUCGGGCUCAGCUAUGGGGACCCCUGCGAGCGGCAGCACCGCCCUCGUCUCCUGCAGCCGCAUCGCCAGCACCACGAUGAUCGCCGUUUCCCUCUUCCUGCUUGGAUUCCUUAGCACCACCUCUGCUCAGCCAGAACAGAAGGCCCCAAAUCUCAUCGGCAAAUAUCACCACGUCGACCGUGCCACCGGCCAGGUGCUAACCUGUGACAAGUGUCCGGCAGGAACCUAUGUGUCUGAGCACUGUACCAACACAACCCUGCGUGUCUGCAGCAGGUGUCCGGUGGGGACUUUUACCAGGCAUGAGAAUGGCAUAGAGAAAUGCCAUGACUGUAGUCAGCCAUGCCCACGACUAAUGGUUGAGAAAUUACCUUGUGCUGCCUUGACUGACCGAGAAUGCACUUGCCCACGUGGCAUGUUCCAGUCUAAUGGUACCUGUGUCCCCCACACGGUGUGUCCUGUGGGUUGGGGUGUGCGGAAGAAAGGGUCGGAGAAUGAGGACGUGCGGUGUAAGCAGUGUGCUCGGGGGACCUUCUCUGAUGUGCCUUCUAGUGUGAUGAAAUGCAAAGCAUACACAGACUGUCUGAGUCAGAACCUGGUGGUGAUCAAGCCAGGGACCAAGGAGGCAGACAACGUCUGUGGCACACCCCCGUCCUUCUCCAGUACAACCCCAUCUUCCUCUGGCACAACCAUCUUUUCACGCCCCGAGCACAUGGAAUCACAUGAAGUCCCUUCCUCAACUUAUGUUCCCAAAGGCAUGAACUCAACAGAAUCCAACUCUUCUGCCUCUGUUAGACCAAAGGUACCAAGUGGCAUCCAGGAAGGGACAGUCCCUGACAACACAAGCUCAGCAAGGUGGGAGGAAGGUGUGAACAAGACCCUCCCAAACCUCCAGGUAGUCAACCACCAGCAAGGCUCCCACCACAGACACAUCCUGAAGCUGCUGCCGUCCAUGGAGGCCACGGGGGGUGAGAAGACCAGCACGCCCAUCAGAGGCAUCAAGAGGGGCCAUCUCAGACAGAACCUACACAAGCAUUUUGACAUCAACGAGCAUCUGCCCUGGAUGAUUGUGCUUUUCCUGCUGCUGGUGCUCGUCGUGAUAGUGGUGUGCAGUAUCCGGAAAAGCUCCAGGACUCUAAAAAAGGGGCCCCGGCAGGAUCCCAGUGCCAUUGUGGAAAAGGCAGGCCUGAAGAAAUCCAUUACCCCAACCCAGAACCGGGAGAAGUGGAUCUAUUACUGCAAUGGCCACGGUAUUGACAUCCUGAAGCUUGUAGCAGCACAAGUGGGAAGCCAGUGGAAGGAUAUCUAUCAGUUUCUGUGCAAUGCCAGUGAGAGGGAAGUCGCCGCCUUCUCCAACGGGUACACAGCGGACCAUGAACGAGCCUACGCAGCUCUGCAGCACUGGACCAUCCGGGGGCCCGAGGCCAGCCUCGCACAGCUCAUUAGCGCUCUGCGCCAGCACCGGCGCAAUGAUGUAGUGGAGAAGAUUCGUGGACUGAUGGAAGAUACGGCCCAGCUGGAAACCGACAAACUGGCUCUCCCGAUGAGCCCCAGUCCGCUUAGCCCAAGCCCUAUUCCCAGCCCCAACACGAAACUUGAGAAUUCCGCUCUCCUGACCGUGGAGCCCUCCCCACUGGAGAAGAACAAGGGCUUCUUCGUGGAUGAGUCUGAGCCCCUUCUUCGCUGUGACUCUACAUCCAGCGGCUCCUCUGCAUUGAGCAGGACGGGCUCCUUUAUUACCAAAGAAAAGAAGGACACAGUGUUGCGCCAGGUACGCCUGGACCCCUGCGACUUACAGCCUAUUUUUGAUGAUAUGCUCCACAUUCUGAAUCCUGAGGAGCUGCGAGUGAUUGAAGAGAUUCCUCAGGCUGAGGACAAGCUGGACCGGCUAUUUGAAAUUAUUGGAGUGAAGAGCCAGGAAGCCAGCCAGACCCUCCUGGACUCUGUUUAUAGCCAUCUUCCCGACUUACUGUAGAACUCAAGGGAUGCUGCACUCUGGAAAUGACUCAUUUUAGGGACAGGGUGUUUUGUUUUGUUUUGUUUUGUUUUUUUGGGUGUGUGUGUGUGUGUGUGUGUGUGUGUGUAACAGAGUAUAUGGCCAGUGUUUUGAGCUCUUUUUUUUCUUUUUUUUGAACCCUUCUGGGAAGUUAGUUUAUAAACCUUUUCAAGGUGUAACUGUUGCAAAAUACCCACCACUGAAGUUUUUUAGGUUCCAUAUUUUCUGUUUUGCCUUCUUAUGUAUUUUCAAAAUUAUUCUGUGCACUUUAAAUUCACUUAAACGUACCACAAAUGCAGUGUGAUUAUUCCAGCACACUGGAUUGUGAGCCUUUUCUUUAAAAAUGUAAUGCCGUCUUGUGAAUUCUGUACGCUGUCGUCAUGUCUCAAAUCCACACCUACUUGUUUUAUUCUUACUAUUUUUUUUUUUAAUUAUAUGUCAUUUACGGAUUUUUCUUAAGGGUUAAGGAAAUGUAAGACCCCACUGAGUUACUGUAAUUCAAUUAGAUUUUGAGUUAUCUUUUUAAUAUGCCUUGUUGUAUAGUUCAUAUUCAUGGCAGAAACUUGACCACACUGUUGCUGAUUGUGCGGUUUUCAUCUGGACACCGUGUAGGAUGCUUGAGUACUUGUGCUCCUCUUACACCAAUAUGCUCUGGGCUGGAGACAUGAAAUCCUCACGCCAUCAGAACUUGCUAUUUAAGUGGCUUGACAACUAGGCCACCAAAGAACUUGAACUUCAUCUUUUAGGGAUUGAGCUGUUUUGGAACACAUUGCUGCACUUUGGAAAGUCACCAUUGAGUGCCAGUGGCACCUUUUCCAUAAGGAAUUUGCCCAGCUUUGCUUUGACGAUGUCUUGUUCUUUUUUUAUACACACAUAGUUGAUAGGUCCAGUCUGCCCUCCAAGACCACCAGGUCUUGGUCUUGGUGGAUGCCUUCCUUACCUAAUCACUUUAAGUAAAAAUGGCUGCAGCUGUAAGAACUCUUGUCUGAUAUAUUUGCAACUAUGCUCCCAUUUAUAAACAUACUCUCUAAAGCUCAGUUGCCAGACUCUAAUGCAAAGGUGGUGUGGAAUCCCUUUGUGUGGGCAGGGUUUGUGGAUAGUGGUAAGGGACUGAUAUCAGAAAAAUGCCUUCAAGUGUACUAAUUUAUUAAUAAAUAUUAGGUGUUUGUUA